UAAAUAGUCUGUGGAGAUAGACGAGCUGUAGUACUACUAGAAACUUUUGUUUCCACAGAAGAGAAGUGCAAGUCCGUUUAUUUUUCUAUUUGUCGUUUUAACUCGAUCAAAUAAUGAAGAUCAUUGUGAAGAAGAGGACGAUCGUGAAACCGGCGGAGGAGACGCCGAGGCGGUCGAUUUGGAACUCGAACUUGGACUUGGUGGUGUCCAACAUGCACACCCCAAGCGUCUACUUCUACAGACCUGCCGGUUCAAACUCCGACCACUUCUUCAACGCCGAGGUUCUCAAGGAAGCCCUGGCGAGGGUCCUCGUCACCUUCUACCCCGUCGCGGGCCGCCUCAGCCGUGACGCCUCCGGCAGGAUUGAGAUCGACUGCAACGCCGAGGGCGUCCUCUUCGUCGAGGCCGAGACGUCCUCCGUCAUCGAUGAUUUCGGAGACUUUGCGCCUACGCCGCAGCUCAAGGCCCUCAUUCCCGCCGUCGACCUCUCCGGCGGCAUUUCUUCCUAUCCACUCGCCGUCUUUCAGGUUACUUACUUUGAAUGCGGUGGAGUUUCUCUCGGAGUUGGGAUGGAACAUCACGCGGUUGAUGGAGCUUCUGGUCUCCACUUUGUGAAUUCAUGGUCGGACGUGGCUCGAGGCCUUGACAUUAAAGUUCCACCUUUUAUUGAUAGGACGCUCAUCCGUUCUAGAGACCCACCACGACCCGCUUUUGAUCACAUUGAAUAUGAUGCCCCUCCAAUCAUGAAAAACACUGCUAGUGCCAACUUUCAAAAGAACUCAAAAUAUCAAACUACUACCUCAGUUGCCAAUUUCAAAAUAACCAAGGACCAACUUAUUGCCCUCAAGAACAAGUCCAAGGAAGACGGGAGCUCGGUUAGCUAUAGCUCAUACGAGAUGUUGUCGGGUCACGUUUGGCGGUGCGCGUGCAAGGCGCGCGCGCUGCCGGACGAUCAAGAGACGAAGCUGUUUGUCGCGGUGGACGGGAGGGCUAGGUUGCAACCCCCACUCCCACAAAGCUACUUUGGCAAUGUGAUAUUCACAACCACGCCCAUUGCCUUGGCGGGUGAUCUCGUGUCAAAGCCAAUAUGGUAUGCCGCUAGCCAAAUUCACAAAACAUUGGUCAAGACAAACAAUGAGUAUCUAAAAUCAGCCAUUGACUAUCUAGAGAUCCAGCCUGAUUUGUCGGCCCUUGUUCGCGGGGCCCACACUUUUAGGUGCCCAAAUCUCGGGAUCACUAGUUGGGUUAGGCUGCCCAUUUAUGAUGCUGAUUUUGGGUGGGGCCGGCCAAUUUUCAUGGGACCCGGUGGGAUCAUGUUUGAGGGAUUGGCGUAUGUGCUGCCAAGUCCAACUAAUGAUGGGAGCCUAUCGAUUGCCAUUGGUUUACAGCCGGAGCACAUGGAAGCUUUUGGCAAGCUUAUAUGCGACAUAUAAUGAUCAUCAAUAUCUUGGUGGAAUGAGACGUUGGAGGAAAUUAUUGCGGUUCAUGCUUGUGGAGUUGGUUCACAAGGGGAGUGUUUUGUAUUUGGGUUUUCCCUUAAAUUAUUGCGGUUUAGGUAAUCAUGUUGAUCUGGGGUAUUUUCUUCUUCUUAAUUUGAUCCAAGUCUCUUGUGUACCACGUUUUUUA